UUCCAGUAAUUUGCAUGCUGUUUCCCAGACAUUGACCAUAGAGAUCUCUAUGAAUAGGACGCAUUGAAUGGCAUUUGAAUGGUAUCGUGUGGCCUUGGUAGGAUUAACUUGUAUUUCGACUCUUGAUAUCUCAGCCACAGAAAAGUGCCUCAGCGCUGCAACGAGUAAACUUUGGAGCAUAUUGGAGACAUGCCGUUAUCGCAAGAGUACACGGACUUUUUCAACAGUUAUCAAAGUUAUAACGAUAUAAUUAAAGUGUGGCAUCGUGGAUUUGACAACCAAAACAAAGCUUGGAUUCGUGAUCAGUUGAUGCCAGUAUUGAUUCCGAAGCUGAAUCUUGAAGACAGGGAUUUGCAUGAGUUAAAAGUUCUUUCAGUGGGAUCUGGAAAUGGUUCGUUCGAUUUGCUUCUUAUAGAUGCUAUCCUGAAAGAAAUAAAGUCCCAGUAUCCAGGAACAACCAUGUCUUGGACAGUCGUCGAGCCCAAUUCUGUAUCAGUCCAGGAGUUUCAGAGAAAGGCACAGUCAACCGAAGACUAUUGUGGCAAUGUCAAGUUCGUCUGGGAAACAGCAAUGUUCCAAGAUUUUGUGGCAAGGCAACAGGGCAUCGAAGAGCCUCAAAAAUACCACUUGAUAACAUUCAUAAACUCUCUCUACUACGUAGACGAGAGAUUGGCACUAAGGCAGUCAUACAACCUAUUGUUAGAAGAUCAAGGGGUAGUUCUUACUGUUAAAGAGGAAGAAAACUCAACUACACAAAAGGCUUUCAGGAUGUACGUGCAGCUAAUGGGACAAACGUCACGAGGGCUCACCCCUACAAAUGAGAUUCUCACCGAGUUACAGAAGGAGCUUGGUAUAGCCUAUGAUCGUUUUACUGCACCUUUAAAUGUGGAGAUAACAGAAAUUUUUCAAGACGACAAUCCGGUGGGUGGGGCACUGAUCAAAUUUCUUCUGCACAGCAAUGAGGACCCCAGGAAAUCGAAGGAGGGGGUUAAAGUGCUCGAGUUUCUGAAAUCUGAGUGCAGGUCGACAUGUGAUGCAAAGGGGGAACAUUUAUGCAUUGCCAAGAAGCAGGAAGUUACUUUGAUAAUGAAGGCUUUGUAAAACAUCCUUGCUAGUUGCUUUAUAUUGAUGCUAUCUAUGAUCUUCAGCUUCAUGGCUUGGUUCGUCCUCACUGCUUCGUAUGGUUGUAUCUGCAUUGUAAUCAGUUACUCUAUCCCAUCAUGCACUUGUAUUUGAAAAGUA